CCGAAACGGUCCCCUCCACCCCCCCGGCUGCCCCCUUGCUUCCCCGCCGUUGGAGCGCUUGAAGCGUCCAGCUCAAAGAGCCUAACCCAGAGCCUGGAGCGCAGGGUCAAAGGUCAGCCAGUGCCCGUUUAUAGCACUAAGCGCACCACUAUCCAUUACUUGUUGCAGGGCAGUGGUAGCACCCUGCAUCAGCCCACCUGCCCGCUUCGGCGAAUCGUAUCAGUUGUGAAUCAUAUCACUCGGACGGAGGGACCUGGAGCUCUUGCUCUCCUCAACAUCAUGACCAACUCAAAAAGCUUCGACCCUUCAUACCACGCAGAUUCAGUUCGCAGAGUCACGGGCCUAGUCAAACAAAUGUCGCCGCCUUCAGCAACAAGUUUCACCGCCGAGGUCGUUCCUCAGGCCCCCGAGGAUGCUCUGUUCGGGCUCGUGAGGGCUUGCAGAGCCGACAAGGACCCGAACAAGGUGGACUUGAGUAUUGGUGCUUACCGCGACGACAAUGCGAAGCCCUGGGUAUUACCCGUGGUGAAGAAGGCAGAGCAGAUCCUUUUCAAUAACCCCGAACUGGACCACGAAUACGCCCCCAUCGCCGGUCUCCCGUUCUUCACCAGCAAGGCCGCCGAGCUUAUCCUUGGAGGUGAAAGCUCGCCAGCGAUCAAGGAGAAGCGAGUCGCAUCCUUCCAGACCAUCUCGGGCACUGGCGCCGUACAUCUCGGGGCCCUCUUCCUCGCCAGGUUCUACCCUGGCACCAAGAAGGUAUACAUCUCGAACCCGACCUGGGCCAACCACAACCAGAUCUUCAGCAAUGUAGGCUUGCCCAUCGAAACAUAUCCCUAUUUCUCCAAGGAGACCAAGGGCCUUGACUUCAAGGGCAUGAAGGACGCCAUCUAUGGCGCUCCCGAUCGAUCCAUCAUCCUGCUACACGCCUGCGCCCACAAUCCUACCGGUGUAGAUCCGACACUCGACCAAUGGAAGGAGAUCGCUGAUGUCAUCCGCGCCAAGAGUCACAUUCCUUUCUUCGACACCGCAUACCAAGGCUUUGCUACCGGCGACCUGUUGAAGGACAAUGCUGCAGUACGCUACUUUGUAGAGCAAGGCUUCGAGCUGCUCGUCGCUCAAUCCUUUGCCAAGAACUUUGGUCUCUAUGGCGAGAGAGCAGGCUGCUUCCACGUCGUUACCGGGCCCAGUCCCAAUGCUGAGGAGACCAUCGAACGUGUCGCCUCGCAGCUUGCCAUCCUUCAGAGGUCCGAGAUCUCAAAUCCCCCGCUAUAUGGUGCCCGCAUUGCUGGCACUGUCCUCAACGACCCCAAGCUGUUUGCUGAGUGGGAGGACAACCUACGUACCAUGUCUGGCCGCAUCAUUGAUAUGCGCAAGGCACUGAAGUCGAAGCUUGAGGAGCUCGGCACACCCGGCACCUGGAAUCACAUUACAGACCAGAUUGGCAUGUUCACCUUUACCGGCUUGACUGAGGCCCAGGUCCUCAAGAUUAGAGAGAAGUGGCAUGUCUAUAUGACCAAGAACGGCCGUAUCAGUAUGGCUGGUUUGAACAAGGGUAAUGUCGAGUACUUUGCCAAGGCUCUUGACGACGUUGUACGCCAGGUGUAAUGAGCAAUUGACCGUUUGUCGCGUCUUUCCGGCGCGCUUGUUCGUCCCAUGAUUGCGGAUAGAGUGUGUUAUUAUAUGAGCGAAGGUAUGGUUUAGGAAGGCCGGAUGAAUAAACUUUUCCACCCAGAGUUAAGCUUGUAGAUGAGCCAAUAACAAUAAUGAUAUAUAUCCACGUCGAGUAUGUGCGAUUCGUCUUGAACAAUAGUCGCAUCUCUGUCAGAAUAGCGUUCGUAUGCAGUAACAUUAGGAAGCAGUUGAAUCUAUCCAAUCAUUAUGGGCGAAGGAGCAAUCUCAGUU